AUGUCAGUUCAGAGACAGAGGACAAGUUUGCGGGGUGACGACUCUGGGAAAAGAAGGAGGAAUGAAGAGAGGACUCAUCAGAUACAACUGUUUUACUCUGGAUAUGGAGGGAAAAAGGGGGCACGGAAGGGCAACAAAGAGUCUCCGAAAUCAACAAAAGAAGAUCCUGUCACAAAAGUGAAGUCAAUUGCCAAGAACAUGAUUGAUGAACUUUUUGAUGACUUCGUAGAAAAGAAAGUGUUAAAUGAAGAAGAGUUACACAAAUUGGGGGAAGGCAUGAACGGCAUCGUGAAGAGGACUGGAAAUCUGGUUGAAGAUAUUGUUGAGAAAACCGCAGUAGCAGGCAAAAUAUUUAUGGACCGCCUCUUGAAGCCCAGUAAAGCAUUGAGUUUAAAUAUAUCCAGUGAUAGAGAAGCAAUGCCGGACACGCCUGGCCUCAUCAUCUGUAACAAAGAAUUUUACCAUCUUUCUACUCGACAUGGGGCAGAAAUUGACAUUUGGGGAAUGCAAGACCUGCUGGAAAAACUUGGAUACACUGUCAUUGUAAAACAGAAUCUUACAGCUCAGGAAAUGGAAACAGAACUAAGGCACUUUGUUGCCCGCCCAGAGCACAAGUCCUCAGACAGCACAUUUCUGGUAUUUAUGUCACAUGGCAUCCUGGAUGGAAUCUGUGGGAAAAAGCACACUUCACGACAGCCGGAUAUUCUGAAAGAUAAUACUAUCUUUCAAAUUUUCAACAACAGAAACUGCCAGAACCUGAAAGACAAACCCAAAAUCAUCAUCAUGCAGGCCUGUCGAGGUGAAGGUACUGGGAUAGUUUGGAUGACUGACGCAGGAGAACCAUCUGCAUGUAGUUUCCAGCCCUCACGAUGUAACGCCCAGUGUGAUGCAGUUAGAAAGGUCCACGUGGAGAAGGACUUCGUUGCUUUCAAGGCAUCAACCCCACGCUUGGGCCAGGUUCAAACUAUAUCUUGCACAAUGAAAGUAAAUGUGCUGACUGGGCAUGAUGGAGUUGAUAGCUAUGUCAGGAUGGGAGAAAUUAAUUGGGGAGAGGAAGGGAACACCGUGGUUCAACAUUCAUUUGAAACCCCAAAUGAACUGACUCAGAUGCCCACCAUUGAAAGAGGAUCUAUGACAAGAUAUUUCUACCUCUUCCCUGGGAAUUAA